AUGCUUCAGCCACUCACGCUGGUUCUUUCGCUUGCAGCUGCCGCAGUUGCAGUCCCUACUUCACUGACUGUCCGUGCCGGGCGUACCUCUCCUCCUGCCGGCUGCCUUACUGUCGGUGGCUCAGGAACCUACAAGACUGUUUCAGAUGCUGUUGCUAAGCUCAGCGUCUCCGGCACUACUGCUCAGUGCAUCUUCAUUUACAAGGGCACCUACCAGGAGCAGGUCUACGUCCCGCCCCUAGAGUCUGCUCUCGCCAUCUACGGAGAGACUACCGACACAAGUAGCUUCGCAUCAAACACUGUGACCAUCACACAGGGCAAGAGCCAGGAUGACACCCCCAAAAACGAUCUCACUGCCACCCUGAGGGCCUGGUCACCCAACAUGAAGGUUUACAACAUCAACCUUGUCAACACUCGGGGUAAAGGUUCUCAGGCUCUUGCUAUCAGUGCCAACGCCGACAAGCAGGGUUACUAUGGCUGCCAGUUCACAGGUUACCAAGACACUAUUCUCGCCCAAACCGGCAACCAGAUCUAUGCUAAAUGCCAAAUCACUGGCAGUACGGACUUCAUCUUCGGACAGAAGGCCACUGCCUGGUUCGAUGGUGCCGAUAUCCGUGUUCUGAAUGCCUCCGUGGGUUACGUCACGGCCAAUGGUCGCGAUUCUGACUCCAACCCAUCUUACUAUGUCUUCAACAAGUCUAAGGUCUCUGCUGCUGCAGGCACCGUUGUCAAAGCCGGAGUUUACUAUCUUGGUCGUCCUUGGAGGAACUAUUCCCGUGUUGUUUUCCAGAAAACCAACCUCUCCAACGUCAUCAACCCCAAGGGCUGGGCACAGUGGAGCGUUAACGACACUCGCACUGACAAGGUCACUUACGCCGAAUAUCACAACACUGGUGCUGGCGCAACCGGCCCCAGGGCCAGCUUUGGCACGAAUCUUUCUUCCGCAGUCAGCAUCUCUACUGUUCUUGGCAGCUCUUACAAGAGCUGGGUCGAUACUACCUACCUUUCUUAG